AAAUCUCGCGGUGUUGGCGGUUGACGGCGGUUGGAGAUGGAGUCCGAGGGGGCGGGGUGCAGCAGGAGGGAGCAGAGAUGUUUGGAGCUUUUUUUUUAAUAUAAAAUUAUUUAUUUAAAUAAAAAUGGCCGCCGUGGAGAGCGGAGAGGAGAGACUGGAGGAGGGGCAAGAAGGUGAUGAAGGACCUAUUGAACCCCAGCCUCCAAGGAAGGAAAAAGACAGGUCCAAGACCAAGAAACCCCGCAGGGAACGUCGUCAUGCUGAGCGGGGGACGGAGACCAUGGCCUCAGCUUCAACCUCAACAGCACAGCAGCCACAGACAGGGUUGGAGCAACAAACCCAGAUGUCAGAGCCAGUGGCCGGUCCCUCAGAGCCAGGGUCAGAGUCUGCAGGUGGUAGCGAGUCUGCCGGAUCUUCCAGGCAGCGGCGCUCCAUCAUUCGGGACCGAGGGCCGCUGUAUGAUGACCCAUCUCUGCCCGAAGGCUGGACCCGCAAACUGAAACAGAGAAAGUCUGGACGCUCUGCUGGGAAGUUUGAUGUCUACCUAAUCAACUCGGAGGGGAAAGCGUUUCGUUCCAAGGUGGAGCUUAUUGCCUACUUCCAAAAGGUUGGUGACACAACAACCGACCCUAAUGAUUUUGACUUUACUGUUACUGGGCGUGGGAGCCCCUCCCGCCGUGAGAAGCGCCCACCCAAGAAACCAAAGGUGGUGAAACCAUCGGGGCGUGGUCGUGGGAGGCCCAAAGGCAGUGGGAAGAUGAGGCAGGCUACAGAAGGAGUGGCAAUGAAACGUGUGGUUGAGAAAACUCCGGGCAAACUGCUGGUCAAGAUGCCCUUCGGCAAAGCAGAGACCUCCACUGGCACCACGACCACCACCUCAAAGGUGGUGUCUCCUGCCUUGGUGACCAAGUCCCGCCCUGGCAGAAAGAGGAAAUCAGAACAAGAACUUCCGCCUCCACCACAGACUGCCCCCAAGAAACGGGGCAGGAAACCAGCGUCAGCCUCCACAGCAGCAUCAGUCGCCACAGCAUCCACCUCCGCUGCAUCAGCCUCUGGUAGCUCAACAGCAGGAAGUUACGCUGCAGCUGCCAUCUUGGCUGCUGAGGCCAAACGGAGAGCAGCUAAGGAGUCUUCCACCAAACCUGUUGUCCAGGAAACAGCUCUGCCAAUCAAAAAACGUAAAACGAGAGAGACAGUGGAGGAAAGGGAGAGUGUGCAGACUCCAAUGGCUACAACAACAGAGACUGGAAAGUCAACAGCGGCCGAGGAGGAGAGCAGUACAAUGGCAGGAGGUCCAAGCUCAGAGCCUGAGCCCGCCCCCUCUGAGCAGAGCCAGUCACAAUCACAGAAGCAGCCUUCUGCUUCAGAUGACAGCCAACCACAUGGACACAAGACACAUAAAGGGCGGAAGCACAAGGACAAAUCAGGAGAGGCAACAGGUGAUGGUGUAACCAAAGGGGAAGAAGUAGGUGAAGAUGUAAGCGAUAAGGGAGGAGAGGGGGGAUUGGGUGGAAGGGGUAGCAGUAGCAGCAGUAGCACUAGUCCGUCAAAAAGCCACAAAAGGAAGGAGCGAACACCUCACAAGCACCACCAUCACCACCACCACCAUCAUCAGCAUCGCCACCAACAAUCCACUGUCUCAACAUUGGAUGAACCUUCUCCUCCUCCUCCACCCUCUGGACACCCAGCACCUUCUAGCCAGUCCAAGCCUGACAUUGAGCCUCAGACUGUGCCUCAGCUCACCUCCCAACAGUCGCAGCACACCCAGCAAGCUCUUCCCAGACCGCAGUCCAAGUCUGCACCACAGUCCCUGCCCGAACCUCGACAUCUUACCCUGCAACCACGCUACCAGCCCCAGUUUCCCCAUGAGUCCCAAGCCCAGAGUCGUUACCCAGCACCCCAGUCCUCUCCUACCCGACACGGCCUGACACAACCACGGCCCCAACAGCCCCCAUCCCAAACCCACAGUCAGCCUCAGGCUGCCAACCAGAAAGUUCCCUCACAACCUGUUCAUUCCUCAACCCAACACCGAACCCAGCUUCAGAGUCAGCAUACGCAACCUCAGUCACAUCCUCCUCAGUGCCCCUCCAUCCUGCACAUCCAUCCGCACCAAACAAGGCAUCCACAUCCACAAACUACAUCCCCCACAGCACCCCAACCUCAAACCCAGUCAAGGCACCCAUCUCAACUCCAAACCCAGCUCAAACAGCAAUCUCAGCCCCAGCCCCGACAGUCACUUCAGCCUCAAAUUCAAUCCCAGGCCAGGACCCCAACUCAAGCUCAGAGUCAGUCCCAAUCCAGGCCUCCAGCCCAACCUCAGUCUCAGUUGCAGCCCAGAACCUCGGGCCAAACGCAGCCUCAAACCCAAUCCAGAACCCCAGUCCAGUUGCAACCCCUAUCCAGGACUCCAGCCCAAUCACAAUCAGCACCCCAAUCCAGGACCCCAUCCCAAAUGCCGUCGACACUCCACGCUAGGACCCCAACCCAAACUCAUCCUCAACCUCAGUCCAGAAACCAAGGUCAAAUGCAGCCUCAAUCCCAGUCCAGGACCCUAGCCCAAAUGCAGCCUCAAUCCCAGCCCAGACCUCAAACCCAAAUGCAGCCACAAGCCCAGUCUAGAACUUCAGCCCAACCUCAACCUCACCUGCAACCCAGACACCAAGUGCAACCACAGACAAGGCCCCCAUCACAACAUCAACUCCAGACUCAAUACAGACCACAAUCCAGUCAAUCUCUCUCCCAGCCUAGGCCGCCCCAGUCCCAACCCCAGUCCCAAGCACAACCACACUUUCAGCGGAUCCAACCACAGCUGCGCUCCCAGCCACACUCUCAGCUUACCAGGCCAAACGUGCAGCACCUCUCAUCCAGCCGACCAUCUUCCAGCCUAACCAGGACCAACCUCGUCCCUGCUCAGCAAAACCAGAGCGAACAGCCACAAGACCUGAGCACCACAAGGCCUGGCAGAGGGAGCCUGAUCCCGAGCCGAGACGUCAGCGUGGAAGGGGUUAGGACAGAGGGGAGAGGGGAGCCAGCCAUGCCAUCCGAAAGCAGAGAGGUUUUAGGAGGAGACAGAGGAUCAAACAGCACCUCGAGGCCUCCCAGCUCCAUGCCUCCUGGACCUCCUGGAGUAUCUGGGGCUGGUCACGUGCCUGGGGCAGAUGGUAGGGCUAGGCUCCGGGCAGAGCCAGAGGCAGCAGGUGAGGGUAGGGAGCUCAGAGACAUCGUCCCGCAAUCUGCUGUUCCCUGUCCCAGCCGAGAAGAAACCGUAGAGUCACGGACUGCUGUCAGCGAAAGAGUCAGCUGAUUGGUUGGACUGAUGAACCUGCCGUCUACCAAUAGCCUGACGGACUGAAUCAGCACCAGGCAGAAGAGGAGUAUGACUGGGAUGUCCUUGUAAUGGUUUUUACACCGUUUACAGAUAGAAGAAAAGCGUCACACAGAGCUGGAAGGACUGUCGCAGCUUGUUCUCUGUUUGAUUCUGUCUGGAGACUCUGUAAAGUUCUGGAUUAGAGAACCAACCUGGCGCUGAGGGACACCUCGAGUGGAAAAUGGAUAGUAUCUUUUUUUCUAGGAAAAACAAAUGAAAAGGAAAAACCGAUAAAAAGUGUGUGUGUAUAUAUAAUCAAAAGGCAGCUGUUGUGUCCCGCUAGUCUCCGUGGGGAGGGGGGGGGGAGUAGUUUGGAACUAAAAACCAACGCUUAACAACACAUUACUCUGAACGAAACGUUGCUUCCGGAAUAUAACCUGUUUUUUUUAUUUAGUAUUUUGAUAGUUUAUUGUUUUGUCUCUGUUAUACAGCUUUAAAGUCUGAUAUUAUUGACUGACAGUCCCUUACUCAUCGCUGUGCUGCUGACUGACAGUCCCUGACUUUUAACCUGCUCUUAACUCCUCCUGUUGACUGACUGUCCCUUACUGAAACUAGUCCUCGACUGAAAGCCUCAGAGAUGAUGUGAGGCGGCGGUUUGCACCUUAAACUGGUUUCUCGGAAAUCUCAUCAUUUGUUUUCGUCCCCAUUUUCCAUUAAGCUAACAAUAAACGGAGAGGGGGCACUAAUGUUUUCCAUCCAUUUUCAGAAUGCCUCCUACAAGUAGUGAAUCUAAUCUGUGAGUAUUUAUACCCAAUUCGUGACAGUACUCGGCCAUGAUUUUGAGUCAUUCUGAAUACCGUCUAAAAUGUCUGAACAGUGUGAGGAGUUCUUGAUUCCUCUUAGCAGAGUCAGUUGCUUGGCGAAAAAAAAAAAGCCUCCUCAUUGGUUUUUCCAAGUAUGUCCAACAGAGCAAGUUGUUCUUCCAGGAUGAAUCUGUUUUCCGUAGUCUUUUGUUUCCAAAGGAAGCACUUUUAAUGUCAAACCAAACCCACUUUCACAGUAGCUUUAUUUUAGUUUUUAGUCUUAAUGAAAGAGUGGGAAAUUACUUAUUUUUAUUGUGUCUUCGUGUUGAAUAUCUGGAACAGUUUGCACUCCUCCAGUUUGUACAAUCAACCGCCUGCAUGUCGCUCGGAGACCCUGCAGGCCUUCAACCAGAGCGCACCUACGCAGAGGUCAACCCUGCCAGGUUUUACUGUCGUCUAAAACCUGGACUGAGGUCUGGUUCAGUUUCACGUGGGUUUAGUUGUGCCGAAGAUGGGCAGAGCUGUUCAUUGAGCUGAAAUCUUAGCUGUAAGUCUGCAAAUUCAUUUCUGAGAGUGAUUCAGAGGGCGCUUAGGGGGACUUGAACCUAGUGAAGUUAGGUCCAGGAUGACCUCUGGUCGUUUGAUCUGCAAAACAGAAGCAAAGAGAAAAAAUGUGGUACAAAUAAGAGCCGCAUUUAUUUAACUUAUAUUUCCAGAGGUACUCUAUAUUUAUUCCUUUAUUUCUUUUCCUAACACUCUUGUGCUGCCAGUCUUGUUAUCAGUAGACGGCUAUGUUUCCAAAUGCUGGGCGCAUGUCACAUCAGAGCUACUCUACUUAACGGUUUCUAACUUACAGAAAUGUUGGAAAAAUGUUGGGAAACUCAGCUUUACCAAAAGCUCAGAUAGAUCUGACUAAGCCCUAAUAAGGAGAUGUGAUAGCAAAAUCAAACACUAGGCAGCCUGCUGAUAAAAGUGUUGAACAAAUAUAUAUUUCUAACUCUCCAACAGUAGUAAAACAACCUCAUUCUGAGUUAUCAAUGUCCCUGAAAAGCAGCUACUCUAUGUUUUUAUCAAACAGCUGCUGGGCUGUCUGAGCUUCUCUGGAGAAAUUUAACCUUUGAGUUCUGCUGCUGUUUAUUGAGUCUGCAGUAAGGAUCAUACUCAGACAUCUGAUGAUAUGAACACUCACAAUCCGUAAACAUGAACAAGGUUUAGGCUCAGAUAAACUUCUUUCAAGGAAGUAAAAUGUUGCUUCAGACUGCUGGUUUUCUGCAAAGAUAAGACAGAUUAGUCCGCUGACAUGGCAGCAGCUGUGAAAAAAGUCAUGACAAGGUUACAUCCCUGCUGCGUUCACAUCUCAGUUUCAGUUCAGUUCCGUUUUAUUUAUGUAGCAACACUUAAGGCACUUUAUAUUGUAAGGCAGAUGUUACAAAGAGAACCUCAACGAUUUGAUGAUCCCUUCAAAUGAGCAGCUGUGGAAGAAUAAAAACUAAAUUUUAAUAGGAGGAGACCUCCAGCAGAAACCAGGCUCAGGGAGGGACAGCUGUGAUUGGUUGGGGGUCAAGGUGAAAGAGAAGAACAGCUUUAUCAAAAAGUUUUCAACCUUUUCCAUCACUGUGCAGGAUGAAGCCUGCAUUACUGGCGCGCACACAGAUUCUGGCAGCAAAAAUACAUUAUUUCCUCUGUUUAUGACGUUGCUUGAACACUACUCUGAUGCCCCCAUUGAACCAGGCAUCAGUGUUGUUUAAACAAACCGUUACCGACAGUUUCACCUUAAAGAAAGCGUGCUGAUUUUUACAUGCGGGACAGAUAACUGUCAGAUCACUAAGACUGAUUGGUUGCAUUCCCUCAGGGGUUGGCCAACCACAAAUGUUAAGCAAUCUGAGCCUCACUCCAGAGUUUCUUAACUUUCAGAAAGUACUACACCGUGAGCAGAGACCUUUUAAGUUCUCUGGAACCUAAUUUAGACCCUGGAGUCUUUUUGAAGGAUCCUAGCAGUAUAGAAAAAAGUCAAAUUUUCCAUCCUUACUUUCUACUGUCACAACUGAACCAGGCGCCUCGUUUUCCAAGCACAGACUGUAUAAAAGAAGGACUGUGCUGCCCAGUCUGAAAAGUGGAACCAUUAUGAAAGUGCCUUAAAUCUGUGUUCUUACUAAUGGCCAGAACUCCAAGUCCUAAUGUUUAGAGGCCAGUGAGAAGGUGACCCUACUUCUCAGUUCAUUGAUGUCCUCAGUAAGCACUUUCCUGAUGAGGUUAUGCUCUCAGUUGCAACUUUGAAGUUUUCCUCAACAUACCAUGAUUUUGUAAAUUGGUUUCCCUCUCAUAUAAAUAAAUAGUAUGAAGGGAAUGCUUUAGCUCGUGGCUACCGUAUCAUUGACCAGCCACGAGUCUACCACCCACCUUCCAGGACCCUCUGCCAUGGUUCAGGGUUGGUGAAUUGAUCCCAGGCCUCGUAUCCCUGGGAAAAACACUGUAAUCCAGAGUUGGUUUUGAUGGCAGGCAAGCACCUUGUAGAUGAGUAUGUGAAUGUGUGAAUGACAAGCAGAUUGUAAGCCGUUUUCUAGACCUGCUAAGGUUGAAAGGCGCCAAAUAAGUGCACAUAAGCUUCUUCCGAAUCUGGACUCUUCUGGCACCACAAUGCCAAACCCAAGGCUUCGCAGACCGGCACUGACUAUGAUCUCUUCUUUUGUACAGUCUGUGUUUACUGGAGGCAUUCAAAACAUCAGACUUGGGUAAAAAGUUAAAAAAGGCCAGGGGGACUAGGAAGAAGUUCAUUUUUAAGUGUGCAGCUCUGAAUUGUGACAUGAAAAUAUAAUAGGAAAAGUACAGCAGCAAAAUAAGCAACAAAAACUUUAAAAUCAGGACAUAAAAGGAGACAAAAUUAUGUUAAAAAACAACAACAGUAAUAAGAGAGGCUUGAAUGAAAAGAAAAAUAUAGAACUGCAUUUUUUUUUUUGGGCAGGUUGUUGCCUUCACUGCGUUUCAGUAAGUUUAGCUGCUAACUUUUGCUCACCUAUGUUUGCUUGUCUUUUUUUUUUUUUUUGCCCUGGAGGUUGCCGCUUGUUUGAAGCCUCCGUACUCUUUGUUUAAAGGUACUUGAAGAAAAUUACUGUUUAGUUAAUUUUUGAAUGUUUCCAAAGUCUUUUAUACUUGGAUGAAGAGAUACCAACUGAAGUAAAGAACAGGUGGUAUUUUUGAGUAAUGUCACAAGAUUGUGCAGCAAUGUAGCCUUUUUUUUCUGUAAGUACGCAAGUUAUAUAUAUAUAAACAUAUUUGCUUCACACAGGUGGCCUAGAAAAGGGCAAAGCUUCCUUAAAAAAAAAGGAGCGGCUAAAAAGAAUUGAAUGUUAAAACGCAUAAAUAAGCUACUUCUUCAUUCACAGCAGUUAUCUCUGCCUGUUUUACCUUCCUGACACAACCCCAAAGGGAUUUGUGUCUCUUCCUCGAAUCACAGCAAGGAUCUUUUGCUUAGAAGAUCAAUGUGUAAACAAAUAUACUAUGGUUGUGAAAGCAUCUCACCUGUAAGACGCUGCCUGCCUGGUGAUGAAAGGUUUCAUAAAAUUUUUAAACGGUAACUCCAAAAAGAACCAUUAACCCUAUUUUGGAAUUCAUCAGGUUAUAUUUAAAAAUUCAAUAUAAAUUUUACUAGACUAGAAGAAGUUAAACAGAAAAGCAUCUUAGAGCACACUCACUGUCAAAACACUGCCCCCUGGUGGUGCAAGCCUGAGUUAAAUUAUGCAAAGGGUAACUACAAAAAGUACCUUUAAAGUGGAAUCGAGGUGUUAACCCAUUAACAGGAUGGUGUGCGUCGUUAUUGGUUCUAAAAAUAAAUUUAUUCAUGAAAAUAUAAAUAAAACAAGCUGAAGGGUACAGAAAACAAACUUAUGUGAACUAAAAGAGUAAUUAAAACCGUGAGAAUUAUAAAGUACCUUCCUUUUUUUAGAUCAUCCUGAAACAUCCCGUCAGGAAGCCCAAUUUCUCUCAUAACCCUUUCUCUUUGGGAAUCUGAAUGUCUUCGUCCUGGACAAAAUAAACGUGCCUCGCUCUGUAAAGUCCUCGCGCUGUGACGAAGCCUCUGCGUAGGUGGCGCCACCCAGUCUGCCCAGAGCAGCGAACCCGUUUGCUUCACGCUGCUGCAGAAAUCAAACGUCCCGCUGUAAUCGGACUCACUCCACAGGACUCGACCCGGCACAAACUACAGUAACCAGCCACCAUAUUGCAUGUUCCAGAGUUUAGUGCCUAUAAUAUUGUGCGUCUUGCCAGAAGCCACCAUGUCAGCCAAGCCAUGUUGUGUUUCUAGAUUAGUAGUGAUGUGUGUGGUGACUUCAUAGUUGCUAAUAUUGAGGAUGAAUAUUCUGCUUUUAUUCUGGUUGGAAUUCAGUGGAAACUCCAAUACACUGUCGCUGUAGACAAACUAGUUUUUACCUGUUUUCUUAUUUUUCUUUCUAACUAAAAGCGUUUGUUGUCCCCUGA